AGACCCAGAACCUGCCAGACUACCUGUUUUGAUGGUUGAACUUAAUAAUCUUCAGCUUGAAUGUUUACCACCUUGAUGGGAACAGGGUCUCAUGGAAUGUUUUCACAUUCCUUUCAACACUCUUUUCUUCAGAAGCUUUGCUUCUGCUGCAACCAAACAUGUCACUUGUUCUGAACAAGAAACAGAAAGAACAAGUAAUUCACAGGCUGCUAAUACAGGCACCACCCGGGGAAUUCGUAAAUGCCUUUGAUGAUCUCUGUCUGCUUAUUCGUGAUGAAAAACUCAUGCACCAUCAAGGUGAGUGUGCAGGCCACCAGCAUUGCCAAAAAUAUUUUGUACCACUCUGUAUUGAUGGUAAUCCAGUGCUCUUGACUCAUCACAAUGUGGUAGGUGACUACAGGUUUUUUGACUAUCAGAGCAAACUUUCUUUCAAAUUUGACCUCCUCCAAAACCAAUUAAAGGACAUCAAAAGUCAUGGUAUCAUUCAGAAUGAAACAGAGUACUUGAGAACUGUUGUUCUGUGUGCCUUGAAACUAUACGUGAAUGAUCACUUUCCAAAUGGAAAUUGCAAUGUUCUGCGAAAAAGUGUGAAAAAUAAGGAGUACUUGAUAGCGUGCAUUGAAAACCACAACUACCAAUCAGGAAAUUUUUGGAACGGCAUUUGGAAAUCUAAAUGGAUUUUUCAAAUAAAUCCAUUUCUGACCCAAGUGACAGGAAGAAUUUUUGUACAAGCUCAUUACUUCAGGUAUGUCAAUCUUCAUGUUGAAAUAUCCAAGGACCUGAAAGAAAGCUUGGAAGUAGUUAACCAAGCUCAACUGGCUCUAAGUUUUGCUAGACUUGUGGAAGAACAAGAGAAUAAAUUUCAAGUUGCAGUCAUAGAAGAAUUACAGGAGUUAUCAAAUGAAGCCCUGAGGAAAAUUCUGCGGAGAGAUCUUCCAGUGACCCGCACUUACAUCGACUGGCAGAGGAUACUUUCUGACUUGAAUUUGGUGAUGUAUCCUAAACUAGGAUAUAUCAUUUAUUCAAGAAGUGUGCUAUGCAACUGGAUAAUAUAAAGAAAGAUCUGCUCCCGGUAA